AUGAAAGCACUCGUCCUCACCCCAUCCACCCGCGAAGCAGCCGUCCGCGAACUUUCUCGCCCAGUUCCGGGUGUCGGGGAGGUGCUCAUUCGUGUCCACGCUGUGGCUUUAAAUCCGGUUGAUUCGCUUUAUGUCUCCCAUCCGAUCGCCAUUCAGGAAUAUCGUGUUAUUGGCACCGACUUUGCGGGCUUCGUCGUUGGCGCCAGCCCAGAGCUUGCCGGGUCACCCGAUCCGAGGACGAAGUCGGGUGCACGAGUCGCAGGAUUUCUUCAAGGAGCCUGCUCUGUCAAUGAUCGCCCAGGUGCGUUCGCGGAGUACAUCACAGCGCCAUAUGACCUGGUAUGGCAAGUUCCAGAAAAUCUUUCCCUCGAAGCUGCAUCUGCGGUCAGCAUGUGUGGUCUCACUGCUGCCCAAGGCGUCUUUGUCCGUCUCGGGCUUCCAAGCCCCUUCGCGUCGAGUUCUGGUGCGCUCCCCGUUGAGAAUCAGGACACACAUAGCCCCAUCAAUGUCUUCAUUUACGGUUCUUCAACUUCACUGGGCCUCUACGCAGCCCAACUCGUGCGCCUUUCUUUCCUUGCAUCAGGUCGCAAGAUCCGUCUUGUUGGGGCGGCGAGUGCUGCAAAACACGACUUUCUUCGCAAGGCACCGUACUCGUAUGACGCACUUGUGGACUACCGGGACUCAGACUGGCCGGACAAAGUACGGGAAGCAACUGCUGGUGGAGGUGUGGACUACGCCAUUGACUGUAUCUCGGAGGGUGCAACAGUCGAAAAAGUCCACAGCACUUUUGGCCCGCAGGGUCGAUUCGCCGUGUUUCGAAGCCCGGGUGGCGGGGGUUUCGACACCUCUCGCUUGAGGGUGAAGCCUAUUUAUGGUGCUGUAUGGGAAGGACUUGGAGUUGAGAUUGGUUACAAUGGCCAGACUAUUCCUGCCACUCCGGCUGCAAGGGAUUUUGCAACAAAGUUCUUUGCCUUCCUAAGCUCCGGUGCCGAAGAGGGCAAGGUCAACCUGGAGCCAAAUCCCCUGCGCAUCAUGCCGGGUGGGCUGAAGCGAGUGGUGCCUGACGGGUUUACAUUGCUGGGGGGUGAUGGAGUGACGUCGAGAGCGACAACGAGAAGCGAGUUGGAGCAUAUGCGGCCAAUUAGCGCGGAGAAGAUGGUAUAUGUAAUCGAGUAG